GCGCUGAUGCUCCGCCACAUGCCCGCAUCACUGUCCGCAACACAAGUCUCACAUCCGCACAGCAAACUCAAACCACAUCUGACCGGAACGAUGGAUGGACAACAUAAAGACCGCAGACAGAGUCACUUGUGGAUAUUGACGUUACUGAUAUUUGUCUAACCUUUUGCACUGGAUAACUGUUUUUUUUUUUUCUUCUUCUUCUUUCGUCCAACUUCUUCCUCUGGAUACGGCUUGUGGAGCUGGAUCUUGUCACGCAGGCUUCGGAACGAGGAUUAUAUUUAUUCCGAUUACACUAUUUGUCUUCGCUGUCUUCUUUUUGGCCUCACCAUUUGGAAUAGGAGCGUUUUGUUGGAGGACAAACAUAUUUUUUAAGGAUACGCACAUCAAACUCUAAAGAAUGGCCGUUUGGUUCCCACUUGUCCUCGCAAUAGUUGUAUCAUUCACUCAGGUUCUGGGAUCAGGCGUGUUCGAAUUAGAUCUCCAUCACUUUCAGAAUACUAAAGGUUUGCUGGCAAAUGGACUUAGUUGCGGCGUGACCGGCUGCAGGACUUAUUUCAGGGUUUGUUUGAAGAACUUCCAGACGGUGGUGUCUCCUGGAGACUGUUUAUUUGGCAAAGUCACCACACCUGUUCUCGGCAGCGACUCCUUCAGCAUCAGGCGGGACGCCGUGCUGCGUCUGCCGCUCAACUUCACCUGGCCGGGUGCUUUCUCGCUGCUGAUUGAAGCCCGAUAUUCUCCUGCAGCGGCCCCACCUGCAGAUUCCACCAACCCCGACUUCUUGAUUAGUUCUUUUGACAUCAGAAGGAAGUUGGGGAUAGGGCACGAGUGGUCCCAGGAAGUGCAGGCCGGGUUGCGGACGGAGCUGAGGUACUCAUACCGCUUCGUCUGCAGCGAACAUUACUACGGGGACACGUGUUCCAAAAUAUGCGCCCCGAGAGACGACCAUUUCGGCCACUACACGUGCAGGCCCGACGGGCAAAUAGCCUGUCUGCCGGGAUGGAAGGGAGCGUACUGCCAAGAACCAAUCUGUCUCGGAGGGUGCAACGAGAGGAACGGAAACUGCACCUCACCUGGAGAGUGCAAAUGCAGAGAAGGCUGGCAGGGACCUUUUUGUGAUGUGUGUAAACUCCAUCCAUCCUGUAAACACGGUACCUGCAGAGAGCCGUGGCAGUGCACCUGCAAGGAGGGCUGGGGAGGCAUCUUUUGUGACCAAGAUUUGAACUACUGUACCCAUCACAAACCCUGCGCCAACGGCGCCACGUGCAUGAACACCGGCCAGGGCAGUUACUCCUGCACCUGCAUGCCUGGCUUCAGCGGGCUUAACUGCGACUUGGAGGUUAGGGAGUGCGACAGCCAGCCCUGUCGCAACGGAGGCCACUGCCUGGACUCUAAGAACGGCUACAGGUGCGCGUGUCCACGCGGCUUCGAGGGGACGCGCUGUGAACACAGGACGCUGACCUGCGCCGACACGCCCUGCUUUCACGGCGGCAAGUGCAGGGAGCACGACAACGGGAACACUUACGUGUGCGAGUGUCCGCCCGGCUACACCGGGCUCAACUGCGAGAGGAAAGUGGAUAAAUGUACCUCACUGCAAUGCACCAACGGCGGCCACUGCGUGACCCACGGCGCCCUGCGGCUGUGCAGCUGCCGCUCGGGCUUCGCGGGCCCCCGCUGCGAGGUCAACGUGGACGAGUGCGCCCGGGGGCCCUGCGCCAACGGCUCCACCUGCGUGGACGGCAUCAACGACUACACCUGCGCCUGCCCGCCGGGCCGCACGGGACGCCACUGCGAGAGGCCCGCCGACCGCUGCGCGUCCCGGCCCUGCCUGAACGGCGGCACCUGCACCACCACCACCGGCGGGGGCAGGCCCGUCUGCGCCUGCCCCGCCGGCUACGCCGGCCCCCGGUGCGAGUCCGGCGGACUCGCGGCGCCGUCGCCCAGCGCCGAGAGUCCCGGCGCAGGCUGGGAGCCGGAGCGCAGGUUGAGCCUGGCGGCCGUCUGCCUGGGCGCGGGCCUGGUGGCGGCCGUGGCGCUCCUCUGCGUGGCGGGGGCGCUGAUGCGGCACGUCGGCAAGCAGAGGAGGAGGAGGGAGGAGGAGGAGGAGCGGGACUCGGAGACCAUGAACAACCUCUCCAAGGUGGACUUCCAGAGGGAGAACCUCAUCUCCACUCUGGAGCUCAAGAACACCAAUAAGAAGGUGGAGUGCGAGGUGGCGUGUCCCAGGGAAAAGUCGAAUCACAAAUACAUCAACCACUACCAGCUGGACUAUAAGGGCUCCCCCGGGUACAAGGACGACAUGUCCCUUUUGGACAAAGAUGAAAACUGUGAAAAGACAAUAGAAGAAAAAAAGCAUUUGAGUCGAAUGUAUAGAGAAAGGCCAGAGUGUAGAAUAUCAACGAUAUGUUCUUCCAGUGAUUCCAUGUACCAGUCUGUCUUUGUGGCAGAGGAGAAAAACGAAUGCAUCAUUGCAACCGAGGUGUAAUAAAACGGAAAUCAACAUCAUCAUCCACUGUCGACUUUGGAUUUCUUGUGGACUGUUUACAAGUGUGGAGGGACGGGGACUUAUUUAAAUGGGAGUUGCUGCUUUGAAAACUUGACGACAGAAAAAAAAAAAAGAAAAACCAGAUGAACUGAAGCCACUGAUCUCCGUGGAGAAUGUAAAGACCGUAAAGACAUCUUACUUGUGGAUGCUCCUUCGGCUGUUUUGGACACAACGUGUCGAUCGGAGGACUCUCUUCUCUCCACCUUUUUAUUGCAGUAAUCAGCAAUCAAACAAAUCAAUUUGCUGCCAACGAACCUGUUACGAACCGGGGUUAGCGAGCCUUUUUUUUUUCUUUCCAUUUUUAUUUGUUUGUUUGUGGCCUGCUAUGCAAACAAAAGAAUCAGCAUUGAGCUUAAUCAGAAAGGGACAAAAACUACUGAAAACGGUUCAUUUGUGAAGGAUUAAGGGUUUUAGAAAAAUUUGUUAAUCGUUUUUUUUUUUAUAUGAAGAAUGUAUGCAGCCUUGAUCACAAAGCCUUAUAUAUAUAUAUAUAUAUAUAUAUAUGUGUGUGUGUGUGUGUGUGUGUGUGUGUGUGUGUGUGUGU